AUAGAUGCUUUGCGGACCUCGAUAUCAAAACAAAAAUGGCGGACGGUUUGAGAAGUGAUAUGUGCUUCCAUCGAGCUUGCUCGUAGAUAAAGAAAGGAUGGACUUUGAAUCACCAGCGGAAGUAAGGCAAAGAGCAUUGCACUUGGCAGCGGAGGUAGCAGAAACUGAAGACAGUAAUGUUCCUGUGCUAUUGUUAGGACUUCGAGAUAUCCUAGAGUGCUCCCCAGUAAAAAGUGAACUUGGGACAAUAAUUAGGAUUGACCUGUGGACCUACGACCUCAUCCAUGUCACAAACUUAGCCUUACGGCAGGACUUCAAUGCAAUCCAAGGACAGUGGAGUACAGCAGCAAAUUUGAGUGUACUUCUGUGUCAGUGCUGUGUUGGAUUGGAUCUACCUGAAGUAGAAGAAUAUGAAAGGGCUUUCCUUCCAAGUGUCUUGGAGAGUGUGCUCACAGUUGCAUCCAAAAUUCAUGACAUAUUUAGCAAAGAAACACUGGAUGAAGACCGAUCAUACUACUUACACCAUGUGAAAAACAUCUUCAGUUGGUUACAACAGCUCAUCUCAGCACAUGCACAUCUUGCAACUAAAUUUGUGCAGUCUAAGCGGUUACUGCAAAUGUUGAUGACAGAAGACCCCCAAGUUGGCCUGAUAAUCAUGUCUGUUUUGGAGGAUAUUUGGAAGUCUAACAGGUUUGUGCUAGAUGAAUUGAGUCCUCCAUCCUUACACAGUAUUUUGGAUGAGAUUAUCUUCAAGUUAUCUGCCUCAGAUGACACUUCCAUCGGCAGGACAUCAACACAUCUAGUACUGACAGCUGCAAAGUGUAAUCAGUCAGUCGUACAGAUUUUACUCUCAAAGAGAUACAGGGGUGUCAAAGCUUACCUUAGCAAAUGGCGAGGCCGAGGUUUUGACAGUGAUGUCAAGCACUUGAUUGGUUUGCUAGAGGCAGGGACUGCUGCUCAGGCUGAACAAAUGAAAUUUUCCUCUGCUGCCACCACUAUUCAGUCUGGUUUCCGUGGCUACAAGACGCGGAAACAGUUGGAGCUUGCUAAGGCUGGCAUGACUAAAUUGCAACGACUAUUUCGGCAAAAGCGUGAUUUAAAAAUCAGAGAGGCAGAAAGAGUUAAGGAGGAAGAAAACAGAAAGCAUCUAGCCGGGCAGAAGCGAAUACAAGAAUUCAGGUGCUCAAUGAAAAAACAGCUUAAGCUCCUAGAGACUGUACCUGCUCGAGAAGUAAACAAACACAUGCAGGAAAACCAGAUCGCCGCAGCUACAACGAUACAAGCCGCUUACCGCGGCAUGCGCUGUAGAAGACAGGCCCAGCACGUGCGGACACACCUACUGAGGGUCCGUGCGGCUAUACGAAUACAACGACAGUUCCGUCGGUACCGUAAGGGGAAGGAGGAUAAGCCACCGCACCCCUUCCUGUCUGGUCUGACUGAUGCCCGCAGAGUGGAGCUUCAAGAGAUCAUCGUGCAACGUAGAGAGAGGUUCCCGCCGAAGCACAGGACCCCCGUGGAGCUGAAAGAGUUGCACGAGAAGGCACACAGUCUCCUGUCCAGUCACGUGAUGGUUGCAAUGAAGGCGCGACGAGAUGAGCAGAGAAGGGAUGCGUUGAUGGCCCGGCUAGAGAUGGACUCGGACCACCUCCUAGCUGCCCCUGGGCUGGAAGCGGCAAAGACUGAAGUGAUUGACAGCUACACAUCCCAGUCGGCUCCGGUCAUUACCAAGGCCAAGAUGGAACACAGCGCAAAGUUACGAUACUACAAGUUACCCUGGUGGAAAAAAUUGAAUGACGAAGAAUUGCUACAGUCAGAGAGGACGUCGCAGAGAACUACUAACAAUAUACAGAGGGAAUGUGAAACCGAUCCAGUCCUACAGUUUUGAUAUAUAAUUUCAGAUAGCGCUGUAUAGAAUUUUAAACAAUGGACAUACAAUCAGGGGCAGAUCCAGAAGUUCAAAAAACGGAGGACCCCUUUUUGGUUCACCCCAAAUUAUCUGCCGAUUUCAUUAUUUUUUACGCUGUGUCUACUUGCACGGCUUCCGGUAAAGGAAGUUUUCUCGAUUUUAAGCCUAAAUAAGAAGUUUCUGGCUUUAAAACACUUCCACGAUUACUUAGAACAGCCAAGCGACGAUUUUUAGCCUGAAAAGCUAUGCAACAAGCGGCCCGCAAAUACUCGGCAAAGUAUGAACGAAGCGUGGAUCAUGCAUCGUUCAUUGUGCCGAGCAUUCGCAUGUCGCCUUUAGCGAAUUUUUUCAAGCUCGAAGCCAUCGCUUGACGGUUCUAAAUAACGGUGGGAGGUUUUUAAAGUCAAAACUUUUCAUUUUGGUUUAAUGGCAAAAAAAAGGGAAGUGCAUCUACUUUUUUUUCUCCCUGCACAGCUGUUUUGGCGAAAACGAGGUGUCGGACUCCAGGCUUCAUUCAUACUGUGCCGAGCAUUUGCGGGUCACUCAAUGCACAGCUUUUCAAGCUAAAAAAACAUCUCUUGGCUUUUCUUAAUAAUCGUGGAAGUGUUUUAAAGCCAGAAACUUGUUACUUAGGCUAAAAAUCGAGAAAAUGGGAGACAGCCGUGCAGCUAGUUUUUUCCCUCCUUUACCGGAAGCCGUGCAAGUAGACACAACGUAUUUUUUAAGCUGUCAGAGCAUCAACAUGGCCCAACUAGUCACUAGGUUUUACAUAUUCCAAGACUAGGGAGAGGAAUAGGUAGAAGCUGAUUCCAAAUAUGGUUGCACUUGGAGAAUCAAUGCAUCAUAGUAAUCGGCAGAGCGUCAUGGGUAUCAAAAUACAUUUUGGCUUCCAUCCGUCUAUUCAUUGACCUGUUUUUAUUGGACUACUUAGAUAGCCUCCAAUCAAACCAUUUCACAGCAAUAGGUUGACCAAUCAGAAGGUACCCAUGCAAAUUCAAAACUUGAUUGACAGAAGUGAUAAGUGGUUUACCAUUUUGGAAAUCUUGAAUGAAUGAAUGAAUCGUUUAUUAUCCACUUAAGCGAGAAUUCUCUGGACAAUCAAAAUUGCCAGUUUUGCAUAAGGUGUGGCUUUCUUGAUUAUGUGUUUGUAAAUAUUUACAUGACUCUCAGAGACCAGUAUUUUGCAAUUUAUAUGUUACUCAUGAAACACUAAAGGCUAUGACACACAUUUUUAAGUGUGACCAUAUUUGAAAUAGGUGUAUAACAACUAUGAUCCUUCAUAUACAUAGUAAAGAGACAUUUGUAA